AUGCCGGCUCGUUCCUUACCUAGGAAACGCCGGCUGGUAAUCGACUCCUCUGAAGAUCAGCCUGCAUCCCGGCAACUGAAGUCUCCACGAAGAUCUUCUCCUCCGGCAUCCCGCACAAAGCGCUCGGUCCCCAACACGGCCCAUGGCUCCUCUCAAGUCUUGAAUCGUAGAGCGCUGUUCUCAUCUCAGUCCAAACGAGAAACACCCAGAUCAACUCAAGCUAGCUCGAUAAACAACAAGACUACUGAGAACCCUAAACUUAAACAAAUACAAUCCCCUCUAAGUGAUGUCUCCGCGAAGACUAAACCGCUUCAAUCUCUAUUGUCCUCUUCAUCAAACCCACCGACUAGAUUACUACCUUCCUCUCAACACGAGGAUCUCAAUGACCUGAUCGAAGAUUGUUUUUCUGACACCGAUACAGCAUUAGGCAAUGUAGGCGACACUGAAGUGUCGAGGAGGGGCACCACUUCCCAGAGAACCCAACCCACAUCAGAAACCAAAGGUCACAGUCGUGAGCCAUCCAUAGGCACCGAAGGUCUUCGAUCUAAGCAACGAAGGGAGGCCCCGGGUGCUAGCAGAGGAGGCAUUCGAGAACUAAAAAAUACCAAAACUCUGAAUAUAACCCCACUUAGCGUUGUCAAGACCAAAACUGUUGGCAUUCAUACCCGAUUAAUCCUCGUCCUUGGCCGGAACGCUUUGCACCACAGUCGGCCGAUAAUCUUGCUACAGAGAUUGUUAGUACUGAAGGGCUCAGCGGGUGUUGGGAAGACUGCCACGAUCAACGCCUUAUCAAAGGAGCUGGGAUUCACAGUGCUGGAAUGGGGCAAUCCUAGCAAUGCCGUUCGCUAUCGAGAAGAGGGAGAAUUCGGCGUAAGACUGACAGGUAUUUUCGAGGAAUUUGUAGGAAGGGCAUCAAAAUUCGGAAGCCUGGAGUUAGUUUCAACCUCGUCAAGCUUUACUGGAACCGAACCGGAAAAGCAAUCGCUUCCUAAUGGCGAUAUCAAAAGGGUCAUAUUAAUUGAAGAUUUUCCAAACACGCUUUUUACAUCCUCUCAAGCACCUUUGGCUUCCUUUAGGCACUCGAUCAAGUCAUUUCUUGCUGCCCCUGUUCCAGCGCAUGCUGCACUACCUCCUUUGAUACUUGUAAUAUCCGAAAGUGCCACUGUUGCCGGACCUGGUGCCUUUACUGCCCAUCGUCUAUUAUCCCCCGAAAUCCUUCGCCAUCCGCUUGUCACCUCUAUCGCCUUCAACAAAAUUGCUCCUACAUUUAUGCUCAAAGCUCUCUCCAACGUAUUAACUCAAGAAUCAUUUGACUCUGGACGCAAGCUUCGACCUAGCAAGCCCUUAAUGCAGGCAUUGGCAACUAGUGGAGACGUCAGAAGUGCAAUCAUGAGCCUAGAAUUCCUGGCAAUAAAUGGAGAAUUAGGUGCAUUUUCUGAGGAGGUGACAUUUAGGUCCAAGCACAGACAAAAGCUGGGGGAUGGUGAUCUCACAGAUCUUGAGCGAAGAAUAUUGACGGGCGUUACUCAGAGAGAAUCAAGUUUUGGGAUUUUUCAUGCUGUUGGGAAAGUAGUUCAUAAUAAGAGAUAUGGAGACGACACGGAGGAUGUUUACGUCGCACCUCCGCCAAAACCAUUUUUGAAUAUUCAUCCAUACAACCCCAGAGCCAGUAGAGUAGACAUCAACAAUUUAAUUGACGAAGCGGGUACCGAUCCUCAGACUUUGAUAUCUGCCCUACACGAGAACUAUCUCGGUUCUUGCAAUUUUCUUGGCGGCUUUUCACGACAGGCCCACUCUCUCGAAGAUCUUCUCGACUGUGUCAACCACUGCAUAGGGGAUUUAAGUGACAGUGAUAUUUUAACAUCAUCGCGACCAUAUCACAAGAAUCUCGGUGCGUGGGGUGCGAGUGGUAACCAUGAAGCAUUUGACGGCUUUGUAGGUACUACGGGGAUAAGACAAGACGACAUCUCCUUCCAGGUCGCAGUUCGAGGCCUAACUAUUGCAUUACCAUCACCUGUCAAACGGGAUUCUAAGGACAACAAAAUGUUUUAUCCUACGAGUCUCAAAUUAUGGAAAACUAAGGAGGAAAUUGAAGGAGUGGUGGACCUAGUUGUUGAUAAGCUUUUCCGACUCGAUGGAUAUGAUAACCUUGGGGCUCUCGGAACUGGAAAAGUAGAUUUUGUUUUGGAAACAUUACCGUACCUCAAGGCGAUUAUGAGGGGACAACAAAGGAAAGCGGCCGAGAAGAGUUCAUUUGGCAUGAAAUUGUUCGAGAUUGCCGGUAGAUCAGGCGGGGGGCUCAUGCGAGAUUUAGAGAAGGUUACUGUUUUGAAAGGCAUCGGUGGGCCAAGCGAUGAUUUGCCUGAUGAAGAACCAAGCGAAGCACUAGACGAACUAGAAGUUGCUGAAGAAGGAAGGACGGGGCUUAUGACUUCCUCUCAGGAAAUUGCCGAUGGUAGGAAUCAGAAGGAUGAGGGAGCUACCGAACAAUUGGACGCAGUGACGAUCGAAAGCUUGAUAUUGUCUGAUGACGAUAUUGUGGAUGAUUGGUAG